GUCUGUCUACGAUGGAGAAGAACACGGGCGGUUCAUGGAGAAACUGGAAGCUCGGAUCCGGAACCACGACCGGGAGAUCGAGAAGAUGUGCAACUUCCACUACCAGGGAUUCGUGGAUUCCAUCACGGAGCUGCUCAAGGUCAGAGGAGAAGCUCAAAAACUGAAGAACCAAGUGACGGACACCAACCGGAAGCUGCAGAACGAAGGGAAAGAACUGAUAAUUGCCAUGGAAGAGCUGAAGCAGUGCCGGUUGCAGCAGAGGAACAUUUCGGCGACGGUCGAUAAACUCACGCUGUGUCUUCCCGUGCUGGAGAUGUACAGCAAACUGCGGGAGCAGAUGAAAUCCAAGAGGCACUACCCUGCCCUGAAGACCCUGGAACACCUGGAGCACACGUACCUGCCCCAGGUGAGCCACUACCGCUUCUGCAAGAUCAUGGUGGAUAACAUCCCAAAGCUGCGGGAGGAGAUCAAGGAGGUGUCCAUGUCGGACCUCAAGGAUUUCCUGGAGAGCAUCCGGAAGCAUUCGGACAAGAUUGGAGAGACGGCCAUGAAACAGGCUGGGAAGCUGUUGAAGGGAAGGUGCUGCCUGGUGCUCCUGUGCCAGCCUUGGAAGUGAGACAGCACGGAUAGACCUCAGACUAAUAAACUGAAUUCUGGGCCUGCUUUGGCCUGUCACGUGUGGGAAAGGAUGUGGAGGAACACGGGGGUCUGGGCAGCACGGGAGAGGUGAUGGAAAUCAGGCUGAGCUCAAAAAUCACUGGGAAUUGCUCCCAUUGGGAUGCUGCUGCCCAGGAUGAUAAAUUCCUCAGUUUUCAUUUGGUUGUCUCAGGCUCGUUGUAAUGUAGCUGCUAAUAAACCUUUUAAGUGGACUGA